AUACGCCGCAUAUUGUAACAUGGUAACUCUUAUUACAAGGAGAGCUCGACUCGUUUAAGGAACAGCUUGCUUACAAAAGGGACUGUACGGACAGUGUUGGGCUCUGGUAUAUAGAGAGAGAGAGAAAUAAAGCAUUCUCUCGAUCGUACUGUGGCAAGCCGUAUAUGUAUAGAAGAAGCAAUACGUAUAUACUUUGGAUGUGUAUGAACGAUCAGAAGCAGUGUUUGUUUGUUUGACGCCUAAUUCAUCUCUUCUCCUUUGGAUUUCGGCCUGGUUCCCCGAAGAAGCUGCCUCAACAGAAAAAACCUAAAACAACUAUGGAGGUGUACGGACGGAGCAAUAUCAGAAACGGGUCGCAUCCGGAUACGGGCGCAGAAUGGGCUCCGCCUGGGUCAGAAACGGAUCUUGAAGAAUCAAUGCAGAGGCUGGGGAUAUGGGGCAGAGAAAGGUACCCGGAAAGGCCGGGCGCGCCUCUCUGCUCUUACUACAUGAGAACCGGCGUUUGCGGCUAUGGUUCCAAGUGUCGGUUCAAUCACCCUCGUGAUCGUGGCUCUGUUGGGGCAGCACAGUUUGGAGCAGGGGUAUAUCCUGAGCGACCUGGGGAGCUUACUUGUCAGUUCUAUUUAAGAACUGGAACCUGUAAAUUCGGUGCAUCCUGCAAAUUCCACCACCCAAGAAAUGCUGCUGGAUCCUUGAUCAAUGUCCCACUUAAUAUUAAUGGAUACCCAUUGAGACCGGAGGAAAAAGAAUGCUCUUACUAUUUGAAAAUGGGGCACUGCAAAUAUGGUUUAACAUGUAAAUACCAUCAUCCUCAACCACCUGGUAUAUCACCAGGGCACCCUCCAGCAGCUGCACGUCCAUUUUAUCCUACCGUGCAGUCUCUUCCAGGACCACCACCUUCCACGGAACACUAUACUGGUGCAACUACUGCUAACUUCAGGGCCACAAGGCCUCCAAUAUUACCUGCUUCAUAUUUGCAUAGUGCUGCUUAUGCUCCUGUCCUGAUUCAUCCUGGCAUGGUUCCUGUUCCUAAUUGGAGCUUCUCGGCACCUGUUAGCCCUUCCCUUUCAACUGGUGCUCAACCUUCUAAUGGGCUAGCUUCUGUUUAUGGAGUAUCCACAAUGGCUUCUUCUCCAACUGCCUUCCCAGGACCUUAUUCUCAUUUGCAGGCAGCAUCCCCUGGUCCUACUAGAAGUGCGCUGAAUGAAAAGUGUUUCCCUGAAAGACCGGGCCAACCUGAGUGUCAGCACUACAUGAAAACUGGGAGUUGUAAAUUUGGGUCAACUUGUAGGUUCCACCAUCCUCCAGGCUGGAAUGCUUCAAAACUAAAUUGUGCUUUCAGCCCUCUAGGGCUUCCUCUGCGUCUGGGUGUGCAACCAUGUUCUUUUUAUCUGCAAAAAGGGUUCUGCAAGUUUGGUCUGAACUGUAAAUUCGAUCAUCCAAUGGAGAUAAGAGAAUAAUCGGUCCCCUCCUCCAUCUUCAGUUAUUAUUUGGUAAUACCCGCUGGCUUUGGUUCCUAUUUCAUUGCCAAAGCUGUGCCUGAAUUUGUUUAUCUUAGAGGUCCGGUUUUCACAACUCACAAGUAAGGUGAGUUUCAACUCUUGCACUGAUAAUUUGAUGUUAAAUACUGAAGCCCAAUUCACACUCGAGGUGUGCUGUUUUAUUUUUUCGGGUUUGUAGAGAAGAAGGAAGACUUAUGCUGUUUGUUAUGUUAGUUUUUUUGGUUGACUACCAAGUUCUGCUAUGCCAUGUGUAUGAAGUUCCACUAAGUAUUGUUAGAUUACUGUCUCUAGAAACUUGAUGUAUUUUUUGUUAGGAUCAAGAUGAAACAGUAGCACAUCUGCAAAACGUCAUUUUGUUUUAUGACCAAUUUUUUUUGAGAGAUUUUGUUCCCUUUAGAACUACUC